CGUACGGGCCGUAAAAAUGGCCGACACGCCCAAUGUCACCGUGCUCCGCGAGACGAAGCUCACCCGCGCGCUCCACACGGCCAUCCGCGAUAAGGCAGCGUCGCGCCACCAGUUUGUCACCGCGUCAAACCGCCUCACGCGCCUUCUCAUUGAGGAGGCGCUUGCGCUGCUGCCGUCGGAGGAGGUGACGGUCGAGACGCCAUGUGGCCCAUACGCGGGCUGCAGGCUUCCCGACGAGGAGCGCAUCUGCGCGGUCUCGAUCCUCCGCGCCGCCGACUGCAUGCUCGGCGAGGUGCGCGCGAUGAUGCCCUCGGUCGCGGUGGGAAAGAUCCUGAUCCAGCGCGACGAGGAGACGGCUCUGCCGCAGCUGCUGUACUCGAAGCUGCCGCCCGAUAUCGCGGCGCGGCCCGUGCUGCUGCUCGACCCGAUGCUCGCGACGGGCGGCUCCGCCGUCGCCGCGUGCAGGCUGCUCGCCGAGGCGGGCGUGCCACCGGAGAGCAUAAUCUUUGUCAACGUCCUCUGCGUCAAGGAGGGACUGCAGGCGAUGGCGAGCGCCUUCCCGGCGGUGCGGGUGGUCACCGGCGCCAUCGACCCCGUCCUCAACGGGUCAAAGUACAUCGUCCCCGGGCUGGGCGACUUUGGCGACAGAUACUUUGGCACCUGAUGAGAGAGAGGCGGGGAGGGCGCUAUGGAUGGAGGUGAUAUAGACAGAUAGGGGACG